UGAUUGAAAAUGAAGAUGAGUGCAUGCUUUUUCUUUCUGAUUCGGAAAGUGAACAUGAAAACGAUGUGGGUACCAACAGAAUGACCCUUUCAGGUGACAACAUGCAAGGUAUAUCAUCUGAGGAAAAUAAUAAACUGGACAAAAAGGAAGAUAAAACUCCUAUCAUAAUUUCCAUGCCUGAAACCUUAUCUUGUAGCUUAAAGACAGUAGAAGAAGAACAAGGAAAAAUAGAACUUGAUAAAAGCACUAAACUUGAGACUUCACCAGUAACGCCUGGAACUGGUUCUUUGGAAAAUAAUUUUGAACCUCCAAGCUCGGAAAGUGCAGAAGAUUCAGGUAAAUCACAAAGCCCCAUAAACCAACACAUCUUAACACAGACUGGUUCCAAUGAGUCACAGCAAACACACUCCAAAGGUUUUGAAACACCCAUUUCGAAACUUUCAACUGCUAAAAGAAUGUCCACACGAAAAAAGAGGAUGUCAGUUGAGGAACACGAGCCUUCGCAAACCGUGAGAAGCACAAGGUCCAGGACUAGUAAAACCAACAUUGAUGGCACCAUCUCUGAGUCAUCAGUUGAGAUUAUGAAAACACAAAAAAGUGGAUCUUCAGAAUCUACAAGUUUGAUAGAAAAAACCAAAAGUCCUGGUGCUACAGCCAAGGGUUCCAGACUAACUAUGGAAGAAGUAAAAGAACAUGAAAGUACUAGGCUAGAGGAGGAGGAGGAUUCUCCCAAGACAAGAAGCAGAGUUUCGAGUCAGGAGCAAAGAGAGAUGUUAGUGUCUCCAGUGAAGAUUGCUCAGGAGAGCUCUUCUCAACUUGAUAUUAAGAAAGAACAUAUUUUGGACAGUCUUUCAACUACUCCUCUUACCACUAGUACCCCAGGUGUUGUCACAAGAGCAGAAAGGAGAAGACGAGAGUCUACAACAUCAGAAGACUCUGAAAGAUAUGAUCCAAGUGGAUACACUAAGUUCACAUUUACUGAACCAACUGUGCCUGAAGAAAGGGAAGUUCUAGACCUUCCACCAUUUGAUACUUCAAAAACAAGUGCCAUGUCUUUCAUUUUCUCUCCACCAAUUACGAGAUCCCGCACUCGACGUAGAAGAUCAGAAGACAUUGGUUCUGAUGUAGAGUCAUAUACACCUCCAAGACGACAAUUUAGAGACCCUUUGUUAAGUGACUCUCCAACCUCAGUCACUUCAACUGAUUUGGACAUGGUAUCAGAAACUCAGGCUGUAGUCAUAACUACAAAAACCAAAGAAACAAAACCAAAACCUAGGUCAAAAAAGGGCAAACCACCUGCUCACAGCAUUAUUAAUUUGAUAUCACCUGUGCCAGAAGAAUCAUCUACGGCAGUGGCUUCUAGUUCUCGAGGCCUAAAGAAGACAGGAACUCAAGCUAAACAUACCAUGACACUAAGAAAAGCUAAGUUACAGUCACGCCGUAGAGUGAAACUUUGACUAAACAUGGACUUUAUGUAGUCAGAAAUUUCAGACAUAAAAUUUAAUUCCUUUUAUACACACAAAUGCAGAUAUCUGAAAGCAACAAUAGUAAUUUUCUGUAUAAAUACAUUCUUUUAUUUAUCCACAGCAUGAUAUUAAGUAUUAUCAGAACUUGGUUGUAGUUUGAACAACUUCUCAAUGAGUGUACAGUGGUUUGAAGAUAAACUGAGGAAUAAAAGAUGACAUUUUUUAUGCUACAGAAA